CUGUUAAAUUUCACUACAAAAAAUCGCGCAUUUACCUAGCACAUAUUUCCGAUCUCUCUCCGAGACACCUCCAAUCAUCGGCGCACACUUCUUCCAUUUCUCACACCUGCAGGGGAUACUCUCAUUUUGUGAAUGUUAGAGACCACAAAGGAGCGACACCACUGCACGCCAGAGGUGCCCUGAAUGUGUUCACAUAUUGUUGCAAAAUGGAGCUCUUGUUUGCGCUUCAACUUGUGGAUACGGCUUCCCUGGAAGUAGUCCUCUUCAUUUGGCUGCAAGAAGUGGUUCUCUUGAUUGCAUACGAGAGUUGCUUGCUUGGGGCGCUGAUCGCCUUCAAAGAGACGCCUCAGGUGAUUUUCUUGCUGCAGCAGUUGAAAGGGCUACUUGGGAUAGGCCAUUUCACUACCAAAAUGCAACUGGUUCCCGUGUUGUCCUUUGCCUUCCAUCAAAUAGAUGAGUGGUCUUGGCAAACAGUUGUGAUGAGAAUCGGUUUUUUAGCGCUGUUGCUGAUAACAAGGCAAAUUAGCAUGAGAAAACCUAAAGCUCUUGUUUCUUCGAACAUGUUGUAUUUCAAUGUCCCUCAUCUGCUUUAGCAAUCAAAACUGGAAUCAUAACCUGAAUACUUUCUCUCACAGAAGGGAUUGCAGUUGGAAGGACAUUUGCUAGUCUGAAAAACUAAUCUGUAGAAACGAUGGCCUGAUGAACAUGGCUGGCUCUUGCUCGUCUUGCUACGUUACCACUGGUAUAUAUUUCUUGAUUUCCUCAUCUUCAGGUAUACUUCUACUCUCCUUGACAUAGUAAUUGCUGCAGCAGUGCUGUUGUUCUCUUACACUCCCAGUCUCAUCUUGGCAGCCAUCAUCAUCACUGUUGUGGUUGGCCUAAUUGACUACCACGCAGCGUACAAGCUUUGGAAAGUCUUCAAACUUGAUCAUCAUCACUAGAUUUUGAUUUAAAGCAUUUUGAACUCAAUUGCCUGUAAAACAGUUUAGUGCAUCUUGAGUUUAAUGUUAUUUUAAUUUGAUUA